AUGGCAUGCGACAAGGACGAGCCCAAAGGCCACUAUGUGCCUUAUGACCCAGACAAGGAGGAGAAGGACAGCGAAGAGAGCAAAGAGUUUGAAGAAGUUCCAGCCAAAGGCUCUGAGCGCCAUGAGGACAGUGACGAGGAUGAGGAGCAGACCCCGAAGGAGGUUGCCAG